GCUGCUACAGCGAGCAGGUGGAUCUAGUUUUCUCUUCAUAUGUGGAAGAAAAGCGAAGUGUGUCAAACCCACCCAGGAAAAUUCAACGCUGGGAACAAAACAAGAUUUUAAGUAGAUUAGAUUAACAGCAUUUCAAGAAAGGCGUGCAUUUUGGCCGGAUUCAAACCACUGAGGUAAAGACUGUGAGAUCCCAUGGGCGUCCAUGGUUUUACUACCUUUGUGGAAGGAAACCGAAAUUUCCUCUCCGAUGUCCGAUUCAGAGGCAGCCGCCUGGUUGUCGACGGCAGCAGUUUGUAUUUCAAUCUCUACUUGAAACACGGUUUGGAUAGACAACAUGGAGGAGACUAUGAUGCCUUUGCAUCCCUUGUCCAUGAGUUCCUCACUGCCCUGGAGGUCUGUGGUAUUGAGCCAUAUGUGGUUCUGGAUGGAGGAAUUGACCCCAGCAACAAGAAGUUUGACACUUUGCAGCAGCGUCUGCAGUCCAGAAUAAAGGAAGCAGAGAAUAUCUCUCAAGGCCGCAAUGGCUCAGUUCUCCCCAUCCUUACGAGGCAGGUCUUUAUUGAGGUCCUCAUUCAGGAGGGGGUCUCCCUGGUCCAGUGUCUUGCUGAGGCUGACUGGGACAUUGCCUGUUUGGCACACCAAUGGCGGUGCCCAGUUUUGAGCAACGACAGUGAUUUUUUUAUUUUUGACCUGCCAGGUGGAUACAUGCCACUCAAUUUUUUCCAGUGGACCAAUAUUAAUGGGAAAGCCCUUCACCGCUACAUCCCAGCUCGGUGCUACACCACUAAGGGUCUCUGCCAUUUUUAUGGGGGAAUGAAUCCAGAGUUACUGCCUCUCUGUGCUGUCCUUACUGGUAAUGACUACGGCACUCCAACAGAGGCUGAAACACUUCGCUAUUUGAUAGAUAAGAGAAAUGGCAGCCAUAAAUCACCCUCUUCCCGUAUUGAUGUCCUGCUUCGCUGGCUGUCCUCUUUUUCAAGUUCAGUGGAGGCCCUGGCGGAAGUGAGAAGGCUCAUGAGAGAAAACAGUGGUGGGAAUAGGAAAAUGGAGAAAGGUGGGCUGAGUUCACAGCUACAAGAAGCUAUGAAUGAGUACCACGUCACCCCUCACAGCCCCUUGACUUGUUGGUUCACUGAAUACAAGGUUCCAGAAAGGCAUCGGUCAACAUUACCCCAAUGCUUGUCAGCAGUUGCAAUACAAGGGUGUUUGGCUCCCUUAGUGGUUGAUGCUUUGGUUAUGCGCAGGGUGCUGCUCAAUCCACAGGUGGAGAACAGCAGGCAGCAAAGUAGCCAUUGUUGCGCCAGAGCUAUACGCCAGGCUAUAUAUGGGAUAUUACUGCUCGAAGGGUGGCAAGGGGGUCCUGUCAGAUCGCAGCAAUUUGGAGUACAAGACAGUUUUACCCAGAGAGGUAGAGGGGGCCAAGUGCACGGGGAAUUUCAAUUUCAUCAGCAGAGCGGCGGAAAUGAAAGAUUUAGCAAUGAUCAAGGCGCCGUUGCACCCGCCCAGCAAGUCUCCAGCACCCCCAUAUGCGUGGAGGAGUUUGAUCGGCUUAAUCUCAACCUGAAGAGAAACCAAGUGAAGCCACAGCGGUUAAAAUCACAUUUACAUGUGGAUACCCUCAGCAAGGUCUCUGAGACACAUCGUCGUGAAGCCCUUUUUGAAGUCUUACGGGUGGAUCCGUCUGCUUUGACUCAUCUUCCCGACAACAUGUGGCUGCCUGUUGCAGUGACAAGCUUCUGGCUGCAGGAGGCCGUACCAAAGCCUUCAGAGCUUCAGCUCCAGGCCUUGGUCCUGGGAAUGGUUUAUGGAGAGAUAGUUUUGAUCGAGCAGUCUGGAACUGUAUACUACGAAAUUCCUGUCCCAAAGCGUAAGUGGUUUGAAGAGCGCCGUUUGAUUGGUCAGCUGGAUCAAAUACGUGUGAGGUCUUCGAGGCAUCGCUUGGAUGUCGCAGGGGCUCACAGCUUCAGCCAAUGGCAGGCCUGCCUCUGGAGCGCACGGUCUCUGAAUCAGCUAUUGUUGCUGCCAGAAGUCAGCCUCUUACAUUUGUUCAGCGGUACCAUGGUGCACGGCGUUCUCAACUACCUAAAAAGCGGCGGAACAGUAGAACAUAUGCUGCCAGAGUUUUCUUUUGCCCUUUACUCCACCCUGCUCCAUGCCGUGAAGAACUGCAGCUCCAAGCCUCGGCCUUCUUCAGGGGGGGCAGGGAGGGGGCGAGGCGGUGAGCGGGGAAGAAGAGGAAGAGGAGCAGUGGGACAAACAAGAGGGAGAGGGAGAGGACCAAGAAGGAGAGGGAAUGACGGGAUAAGCAACCGCUUUGCUGCUUUAGAGCUCAAUGAUUAAGAUAAGUACAUGUGAGCAAAUGGAGGGGAGCACAUUUCAUGGACUUGAAGAGAUGCUAUGAAGCAAAUCUAUGAUCAUAUUCUAAUCAUUAUCCUUUAGUUUCAACUUGUGCCUUUGAUUAACAUUUGCUGUAGUCGUUUCAAACUGCGCAAUGACAUACGGUAUUAUCAAAAUGGGUUCUUAAUAUUUUUUAUUGAUGUUUUAUGAAAUGGACUAUAUACUAUGUAAUUCAUGUAUUCAGUGCUUACACAAUAAUUUGUCAUUUUAAUUACCAAUGUGUGCAAUAAGACAGCUUAAAUACAUAUUGACCUUUUAAAAAUGACAGCAAGCAAGCAAUUAAAAGAUAGUUAAAACGAA